AAAGACAGGGUCCCCUACUCAGCCACAGGCUGUGAAGAGAUUCUCCAGCACACUGUCGCAUUGCAUUUAUUCAUUCAACAAAUCUUUAUUGAGCGCCCACUAGAUGUCAAGUGCUGGGUAUCCCGUAGUCCCUCUGGAAACUUAUACUUGAGGAGCAGGCCCCAGCCUCUGCCCCUGAACUUGCCCCCUGCCCAGUCUCUGCGGUGAUGGCAGGGCCUGUGGAGGCCCUGAGCCAGGCUGUUUGACGCUAUGGGGAGCUAGCCAAGCCGAGUGACCGCUCUGGGCUCCUAGCUGGCCAGCAGGAGCUUCCUGGAACGGCUGAGCUGUUGGAGGGAGACAGUGGAGGUGGUGGUGGUAGCAGGAGGCAAGGAGGAGCUCUAGGAGAUGAGGAUUCAGUGACUGACUUUUGCCGAUGGCCUACUGUGUGCCAGACCUUGGAGACAUUAUGUGCUUUACCUCACAGAUGAGGAAACUGAGGCCCACAGAGGAUAAGUGACGUGUCCACCUAGCAAGAGGCAAGGUAGGGAUUUGAACUAAGAGCCGACUUCUAAGGCCUAUGCCCGUAAGCCUUGGGCAAUGGCACUAGAACAAGAUGUGAUUUGGCACCUACUGACCUCCGUCGUCAGUAAAAGCCAAGGAAAAGCCUCAGUGUGGAGGUUUCUGGCCUAGUCAGGAGCUAGUGCUGACGCUCAGCCCCGGAACUAAUGUCCUUUGUGAGGUGGCCCUGGGAGCUGGCAGCAGUUCUCUGCUGGGGGAGGGGCGGCAGAAGCCGGGAUCCGGGACAGCAGGAGAUGGCUCUGUUCUCCAGGGCCGGGCUAAGCCUCUGCCUCCUCUCCCUCCUCCUCCCCCCGCUGCUGAGGCCUCAGCAAUCUGUUCUCGAGGAACUUUCAGCCCCCCUGGAACUCUCACAGCCACUGCCCGACCUGCUGGAUGACUAUGGGAUCCAACCCAAGCACCCAAGGCCUCGAGGGCCCCGGCCCCUCCUCUCCCGGGCCCAGCAGCGCAAGCGGGAUGGACCAGACAUGGCUGAGUAUUACUUCGACACACGCCGGUGACGGGAAUCACUUAUAAAGCUAUUCUGUGCAGUAAAGCCUUGGGCUUUCCUGGUUGGGAAUGAGCUGAGCAUGGGCAGGCAGGGUCCAAGUAGAUACACCCACUGCAGUCCAGACAGGAAAUGGCACUUUAAUAGUUGUGGCCAGGGUGACAGGACCAAGAUGGGGCUACAGCCAAAGCAGCCAAGAGGCCGGGCUGGCCCGAGCCAGGGGGAAGCCGCCUUUUCCUGCCAGGGUGGGGCCCUGCUGUGGGUCUCUCCUUCCUUGAGGGGCCCCACAACCGCGGGGGCCAGCAUGCCAGCGGGGUUGGAGGUGGAGCCAGCCAGAGGCCACACAAGUGACAGAGCUGGGGACAGGGAUGCACCUCCACCCGCUGCCGUUUCCUUACCGGAAAGUCCUUAGGAGGUGCCGGUCUCAGCCUGAGCUCAGGGCCUUUGGUUGGGGUUGGGAGUUGGGGGCAGGGUGGGCACUUGCAGGUGGCAUGGGCUUCAUCAAGGCAGAAGAGAGCCAGAGGCCCUGGCAGGGGAAGCGUGGCCCAGGAUGGGACAGAACCCUCUGCUCAUGGUUGUACAUCCUUCCUGGCCACAGGCCUGACCAGCCCUGCCCCCACCCAAUCCCCGGGCAGCCAGCUCUGUCCUCCAUAGAUAAAUCUAACCCCUUAUAUUACAAUAAACUGCAUUUGCCUCUCCCCGUAACCCCCACCCUCCCACCCUCGGCCGAUGGCCUCCACUCCCCCACCCUCUGGUGGCGGCGGGUGCCCCUCCUCCAGCAGUGCCACGUCCUGUCAGCAGCCAGCUGUCCUGGCACUGGCCUGAGGCCCCAGGGAUGCAGAGGGCAGGCAGCGCUGCUACUCCAGGUAGAUGUCUUCCGUGGGGCACGUGUACUCCACAAACUGCUUGUAGAACUGCUGGAACGCCCUCCUAGGAGGCAGGAGACACACGCUGGCUGGGAGGAACAGGAGCCUACCCCAGGUUCUCAAACCGGAGCCUCAGGGUCCCCGGGUGGCUCCAGGUUCCUGGCUGCUCGGCCCUGUUCUCUACAAACUGUGUUUCCUAAAUGAGACUGCAAUUGGCGAAAGGGUCUAACAGCUAAAAUGCUUGGAAGCUACUCCUCAAGGCCUCUCCCAAGGUCCCUGCACUGUGACCUGGAGGCGGUGUGCAGAGCCGGGGAGUGGGAGGGUGCUGAGGGUGAGGCUGAGCACGAGGAUUGUGCUUGAGGGCUUGGGCUUGGGCCUGGGCUGGCUGGUGGGCACGGCUCUUGGCAGGACACACACAUACGUACCCCACAGAUUCCGCCAAGACUUUGGUGGAUUCUUCAGACACAAAGACAUGGCAGGCAAACCGGUGGUCAGCGGGGUGCUUAGUGAUAAACCCAAAGUACCUGUGGGAGGACAGCAGUCUGUCUGGGCAGGACGGGGGUUCAGACCCCUCCAGGCACAUUCAUGGCCCCUUGUCCUGCCCCGAUGGCAGCUCAGCCUCUGCUCCUCCCCACUUACUUGUUGUUCUUUGGAUGGUAUCCACAGAAAGAGAUGUUUUUUAACUGGAAAAAGUGGCUACAUUUAUUCCCCUGCAGGAGGAAGAGUAGAAGAGGGUGGUCAUCAGCCUGCAGGGGGCAGAGGAGGGAGAGCCGGGAUGGGGAAGGGGCUGUGGGGGUCACCUUGGCCUCCUGGGAGUCAUCAGCCUUGACGCCGAUCUUCACGCCCCUCACGCUGAUCUCUAGGACGCAGCUGGAGGGCGGGUUAAAGUGCACGGUGAGCCGGCGGGUGGUGGCGAUCUGUGGUGAGGGACAGGAGCAUCAGGCCUGGGGGGGUCCCUCUCCCAGGAGAGGACGGGGACUGGGCUGGGGGUGGACGCCUGCUUGGGGGUGGGGGGGGGCAGGAAGCAGCUACCUUUUGCAUAGCGGCACAGAGGACGUCAUUGCCCUUGUGGUAGGGAACCUGGACGGAGCCCAGGAACUU